AUGGCAAUCAAAGGUCUACUGUCUUCCUUCUCAAAAACAAAGGGACGCAUUUUCAAAUGGAAUAGCAUCAUAGCAUGUAGCAAAUGGUCUUCCACAACUCCAGGUCGGUCUUAUGACGAUACUCUUGCUAUUAGAAAAAAGCACCUCACUCCAGCUUUAUUAACAUAUUAUACUAAACCAGUUCUUAUACAUCAAGGUUAUAAACAAUGGCUCUUUGAUCAUACUGGUAAACGAUAUCUUGAUUUGUUUGCUGGAAUUGUGACUGUUAGCGUAGGACAUUGUCACCCUAAGCUGGUGGAAGUAGCCCAGAGACAAUUAGAGACAUUAUGGCACACCACUAAUAUAUAUCUCCAUCCCACAAUACAUGAAUUUGCUGAACAGCUCACAUCAAAAUUACCCGGAGAUCUUAAGGUUGUUUAUUUCACUAACAGUGGAUCUGAGGCUAAUGAUUUAGCUGUUAUUAUGGCCAAAUUACAUACUGGUGCUCAUGAUAUUGUAACGCUAAGAAAUAGUUAUCAUGGAGGUUCUCCAUUUGCUAUGGAGAUGACAAAUAUUGGUACAUGGAAGUAUCCAUUACAUCGUCACCUCGGUAUCCAUGCUAGUAUCAACCCAGAUGUCUUUCGUGGCCCUUGGGGGGGAGCCAAUUGUCGAGACAGUAUUGCUCAGACUCAGCGUCCUUGCAAUUGUGCUAAAGGACAAUGUGAAGCAUCUUUGAUGUAUGCUGACCAGCUAGAAGAUCUUUUGAAACAUUGUUGUCCAAAGAAAGUGGCAGGAUUCUUAGCUGAAACAAUACAGGGAGUAGGUGGAGCUGUUCAUUUACCUAAAGGAUUUUUGAAGCGAGCUUAUGAACUUAUCAGAGAGAGGGGCGGAGUGUGUAUCUCUGAUGAGGUUCAAUGUGGUUUUGGUCGACUAGGUACACACUAUUGGGGAUUUGAAACACAAGAUGUUGUACCAGAUAUAGUGACAAUGGCUAAAGGUAUUGGUAAUGGUUUUCCUAUGGCUGCCGUGGUUACUACCCCGAGUAUGACUCAAGCAUUGCAUUUUAAUACAUUUGGCGGUAAUCCUAUGGCUUGUGCAAUUGGUUCAGCUGUAUUAGAUGUUAUUGAUGAAGAGAAACUGCAGGCAAAUUGUAAUCAUGUUGGUACUUUGCUCCUUAGUGAGUUGAUGAAGUUACGAGAUGAGUUUGAAGUUGUUGGUGAUAUCCGAGGAAAAGGACUAAUGAUCGGACUGGAGUUAGUAAAGAACAAGGAAACUAAAGAACCUCUUCCAGCUGCUGAAGUAACAGAGAUAUGGGAGAACUGCAAGAACCAUGGUGUUCUUAUUGGUAAAGGUGGACUUUAUGGCACUACUUUGCGUAUUAAACCUCCAAUGUGUGUCACUGAGGAAGAUGUUCGUUUUGCUGUAGGAGUUUUGAGAGCUGUCUUGAAAGAAUACUCCAGCAAAUAA